UCCACACAUGUGGUGAUUCAUUAAUCAUUCCUUACGUAACCUGCAUUGGAAACACUUGGAACCAAUCACGACCAAAUAAGUCUUCUGCAUCAGUUCACCGACAUGUCCUUCAUUCGUUAUGUGCGAAACAUCCGCACAACCGGGAUCAAACAAUGGUGGCAUCAAUUGCAGUACAUUGGAGAUGCAAAAGCUGGAACGCUCAUUGGGACCGACCAGUUCGGUAACAAGUACUUUGAAAACUUGAACUCAGACGAUGAAAUUCCAGGGCGUCAUAGAUGGGUAGACUUUGCUCAGCAUUACAACAAUGCUACUCAGGUCCCGCCUGAAUGGCAUUCGUGGCUAUCGCAUAUCCGGUUGCAACCACCUACCGAGGACGCUGUCAUGCAGAACAUGACUCCGGCAUGGAAAGCGCCCUGGGUAGAGACCCUGACGGCUACGAGAGGUGCCUAUCGGUCGUAUAACACCGUAAAGCCCAAGAUUAAUGCUUGGGAGCCGAAGAUUAUAACGCGGGGCGAAGCACGCCCGUAGGUCGAUUGUACGGAGCCAAGACAUUCUAUAUAUACCACG